UGUAUUUAUUUGCUUGUCCAUUAUUCAUUACCAGUAAAACCGGUUGGCAGCUCUAAACUUUACUUUACCUGUUGCAGUUAUUACCUGGUGGAUGUCACUGAACAAUGAUAUUUGCGUUCCUCUCAAAACAGAGCCAUCGGUUAUCCGAUGUUAGUAUGUCUAGAAAAGCCAUAGAAUCCAAGCUCUGAUCUAAGUUUAGAUUGUUAGGUCAUUGCAAUUAAUCUAGUCCUAAGAAUAUAAUCUGUUGUUGAUCCAUCUUAUUCAGUCGUUUGUCUUGGUCUUGCUUCCUUCCUUUUGGAAGGUCAUCACCAGAUAUUGUGAGUUUUCGUCCUCAUCCUCUGGGAAUCAAAUAAAUACAAGAUUCUAUGUCAUUUUUGUUUUCACAUUCGGUUCACAUUUGUUUAGUUGUACAUGUAGGUAUAUUGACAGGUUCAUUGGAGAAAAGAAGAACAAUGGUGCAUAAAGCUGACAGGAUGGGUGGUGGAAGACAAUUAAAUUGGUUAAUCUGCUUUGUGUUUCUAUCUGUGUGCAAGUGUCCAAACAUUUCUUGUGUUUACCAGCAGGAUCAGCAAGAUAACAACAGCAGAAAGAGUUAAAGCAAAUAAAGCUCAAAUCUGUCACCAACAGACCCCAUUCAUUUAUCAUCUUCUUAAGUAACUCCGAAGGCUUGGCGUAUAUAUACAUCUUUUUCUCUCCAGUCUCACAUAUAAUCUUUCUUCUUCCUCCAUCUCCCUACACCAUGAGUCCUGCAAUUUUCAUUACUCUCCUCUUGUUUAUCCCUGUUAUCUUCAUAUUCUUCAUCAAGGGAAGUAGGAAAACAGCCAGCAGGUUACCACCUGGCUCACUAGGCUUUCCUAUGAUAGGUCAAAGCUUCAGCUUGCUCUAUGCAAUGAAAAAGAACACAGCUGAAAAAUGGAUACAAGAGAGAAUAAGAAAGUGCGGGCCAGUUUCGAAACUAACAUUGUUUGGGACUCCAACAGUUAUGAUUCAUGGACAGGCAGCAAACAAAUUCUUGUUUACUAGUGACUGCAACACAUUGGGUAAUCAGCAACCAGCAUCGAUUAUGAGAAUACUUGGCAGUCGAACUUUGUUUGAAUUGAGUAGUGAUGAUCACAAACGCGUCAGAGGUGCGCUAGUAUCAUUCUUGAAGCCUGAAGUUUUGAAACAAUAUGUUGGUAAAAUGGAUUUACAAGUCAGGAUGCACCUUGAAUCACAUUGGCAAGGGAAACAAAAAAUCACGGUCUUACCUCUGAUGAAGACUCUCACGUUCAACAUAGUAUGUUCGCUGUUGUUUGGACUCGAUGCAGGGGCAAGAAGAGAUAAAUUUGUAGAGCAUUUUAAAAAAAUGAUAGGAGGGAUGUGGUCAGUACCAAUAAACUUACCUUUUACCCGCUUCAACCAUAGUCUUACCGCAAGUUCCAAGGUCCAGAGCAUGAUAUUGCAGCUAAUAAAUGAGAAGAGAACAGCUUCGUUUCAGCAAACUGAUCAUCAGGGACAACAACAAGAUCUUAUAACAUGUUUGUUAAACAUCAAAGAUAAAGAAAAUAAUAUUAAUAACUCAGCAGCGCUAACUGAUCAAGAGAUUAUUGACAAUGUUAGAUUAGUCAUGACAGCUGGAUAUGAUACAUCUUCUAUCCUUCUUACUUUCUUAAUAAGGCUUUUAGCCAAUAAUCCAGUUGUUCAUGCCUCCAUACUCAAGGAACAAGAAGAGAUAGCUAACAGCAAGGCAUCGAGAGAUGAGUUACUGACAUGGGAGGAUCUUGCGAAAAUGAAGUAUACUUGGAGGGUAGCAAUGGAGACUCUAAGGAUGAUCCCUCCUGUUUUUGGUGGAUUUAGAAAGGCCUUAAAAGAUGUAGAAUUUGGUGGAUACUUAAUCCCUAAAGGUUGGCAAAUAUUCUGGGCCGCUAGCUUAACUCAUAUGGACGAGACUAUAUUUGAAGAACCAUCGAAGUUUGAUCCUGCACGCUUUGAAAACCAAUCAUCAACCAUCCCACCUUAUUGUUUUGUAGCAUUUGGAGGUGGACCACGGAUGUGUCCAGGAUAUGAAUUCGCAAGACUUGAAACUUUAAUCACGAUUCACCACUUAGUUACCAGGUUCACUUGGAAGUUGUCUUGCUCUGAUGAUAGUUUCAUUAGGGAUCCAAUGCCCGAACCUGUUCGAGGGCUACCGAUCGAAAUUCAGACUAGGCAACUAGAAUAGUCUGUUGCUAAUUGUACGUUUGUUAUUACAAGCUUUGGUAUUUGAUGGGGGUGGUUUACGAUAAACAGAAAAUUGUUCAAAUUAUUCAAAUUUCUGCUUCUUUUACUUAUUUGAAUAACAAUAGCAAAAUUUGGUCAGGGUAUAUCA